UCGUAUCAGUUUCGUAAUUAUUUUUUAUUUGUGAAAGAAAAGCAGUCUCCUUGUGUUGCUUAGAUUUUUAUAAAGUUUAAUAAUCGUGAAUCCUCUACGCUAGAUACUAAGAUGAGCACAUUCGAAGACGACUGGAAUUUCCAGAUAAAUAUUGAAGACAUUGAAAAGAAGAAUUUUGAAGAGUUCGAGAAAAGCCUACGUUAUAUAAAUGACCAUGUUUUCAAACUGUUAGAAGAAACAUUCAAAACUCAGCGUCUUGAUUAUAAUUGUGGUACUGGCCGCAGUCACGACGAAGAACUUAAAUUACUUAUUGAUAAGAACAAACAAUUACGACAAGAAGUUGAUAACAAAACUAAUGAGAUUUUAAUUCUUCAAACUAAAUAUGAGAACUAUAAAAAAGAUCAAAAACUGUUAUCACAAGAAGUCAAAGAAACUCAUGAAGCCUAUUUGCUAACUAAGAAAUUUUACAAAAAAAAAUUAAAGAUGUAUUAUGCUAUUGAGUCAAGGGAAGCUGAAAAAGAAACAAUAUUUAUUCAGUUUUUUACUGAGUGUAAAAAAGAUCCAGAAAACUAUUCUGUAAGACUUUUAAGGAACACUAAACUAAGACAUUAUCAAAUAUUGCAGAUAUCACCUAAAAUUAAAAUUGAAAAAGAACUUAAACAAAAAAUUUACAACCCAGAUGACGUAUCUGGAUUAUUAUGUUGUAUAAGACAGGAAUUUCUCAACAUUAAACAAAAUAAAGUAUAAGAAGAAUCGAAAAAGGUCAUUAAAUACAGUCAAGUUGGGUAACUUUGAACACUUUUCGCAGAUUUUUGAGUACACUGAAAUGU